AUGGCCGAACCGAACGCUGCUGAGUUCGACUUAGACUCCUCCGACGAAGCAAUUACCAUCACCCUCACCCACCGCAACACCCCGCACACCUUCAAGUUUCCCUCCGACGGCACAAUCUGUCAUCUCUCCGAAGAUGUUGAAGACAUCCUUUCCAUCCCUCCAUCAAACCAGAAAUUCAUCGUGCCCAAGGUCGGCCUUCUGAAGCCUCCUUUUAAGGACCCGAACAUGUCUCUCGUCGCCUUACAAGACAAGAAAAUCAUGCUUAUGGGCGUCGAGGCGAAGGAAGUUGCCUCCCUCCAAGCCGCAUCCGAGUUCGCCGCGAAACGAAACGCCGCCCGCAGCGCCGCUCGGCGGCAAAACCGCCCUUUUCGAAGACGCGACCAGGCUCUCGCCCAGGCCGACAGCACAUACACAUUCCUCUCCGUCCGGCCCCUCGCUGGCUUGCCGCAUCCCGAGCGCUCCCUCGCCCUUCUCGAGAGGCUGAAGGAGGACCCAGGCAUCCGUGCCUCGAUGCGCAAGCACAAGUUCAGCGUUGGCCUGCUGACGGAGAUGGAGCCCCUGUCCAAUACCCAAUCCAAUCAUGAGGGUACGACGCGACUGCUCGGCCUGAACCGUAACGGCGGGGAGGUCAUCGAGCUGAGGUUGAGGACGGAUGCGCACGACGGAUAUCGAGACUACAAGACUAUCCGCAAGACGCUAUGUCACGAGCUGGCGCACAAUGUCCACGGCCCACACGACAAGAACUUUUGGGAUCUUUGCCACCAAAUUGAGCGCGAGGUGGACGCCGCGGAUUGGAAGCACGGCGGGCAUACCGUUGGGCAGCAGUCAUCGUACUAUGCGCCAGGGGAGGACGAAGAGGAGGGAUUCGAAGACCACGGGGGUUGGGAGGGGGGCGACUUCGUGGUUGGCGGCAAUGCUGGCAAUACCACAGGCCUCAGCCGAAGAGAGAUUCUGGCCAAGGCCGCGGAGGAGAGACUCAAGAAGAUGGACAUGGAGAGGCGGGACGGGGGAAAGCCUGACCCUGGUCCGUCAUCCUGA